UUUAGAGUCCUUCAAGAUAAAACACAAGAGCCAAUGGUUCGACAUGAGGCUGGUGAGGCACUUGGUGCCAUUGGAUCAGCUGAAGUUCUCGAUGUCCUGAGGGAGUUUGCCGAUGACCCACAAAUAGAGGUGGCAGAAACUUGUCAACUUGCUGUUCAGAGAAUAGAAUGGCUGAGAGCAAAAAGUUCUAAAGAAAAUGGUCAGCUAAGCUCAAAUCCUUAUAAAUCAGUUGAUCCUGCACCUCCCUCCCUAACACUGGACACAAACACUUUACAAAACACAUUACUCGAUGAAUCUUGUGAAUUGUUUGACAGAUACAGGGCAAUGUUUUCAUUGCGCAACAAGGGAGAUACUGAAUCAGUGCAGGCCUUGGCUAAAGGUCUUAAGUGCAGCAGUGCAUUAUUCAGACAUGAAAUUGCAUACGUCCUUGGUCAGAUGCAACAUGAGGCAGCCAUUCCACAGCUUAUAGAGAAUCUUGAAGAUUUAAAUGAAAACCCGAUGGUGAGACAUGAAUGUGCCGAGGCACUUGGUUCAAUAGCUAAGGAUCAGUGUUUAACAGCCUUGGAAAAGUACUCAAAGGAUCAAGAAAGAGUUGUGAAGGAAAGUUGCGUCGUGGCUUUAGACAUGUAUGAUCAUGAGCACAGCAGUGAGUUUCAGUAUGCUGACUCACUUGUCAAAAUCAGCGAACAGUAAAAAAUGGACAUAAAAAGUUGCCAUUAAUAGAUGAUGUACAUCAUCAUGGCCAAGUGAACUAGCAACCAGGAACUUCAGACAAGCUCUUAACCCUUUAACUCCCAGAGGUGAUCAACAUGAAACUUCUCCCUAUAUUCUUACAUUAUCCAGUAAAUAGGUAAUGAGAAUCAGGUAGAAGUUGCCAUCUUGAUUUAACACCAAAUUCUCAUUACUAAGUUACAAGGAAAUGUGUAGCAGCCAAAGGGGAGAAUUAAGAAUCUGAUCUUGGGAGUUAAAGGGUUAAGAGGCUUCUCAACUGCCACAUUGCCACAAUGCUGUUAAAGAUACUAUAAGGAGAGUCAAAGAUUAAGAGAGACAAUGGUUCUGACUGAGUAUCUGACACUUGUAUCUAAUUUUUCCUUACAAUUUCACCCCUGAAUUACACAUUUAGGUCACUAGAAUAAAGGAAAUAAUCUUUAACUUAAGAAACUGUUGAUUGUGAAACAAAUUCUCCUUGUCAGCACCUUCAGAAAUGUAUAGAGAACAGUAUGGAGAAUAUGUAUACUGAUCUCUGUAUGUAAAGGCUUAUUAUAGCUUCCUCGCCCCAUUUUCUUGGAAGAUAAAAUCGUUUCUGUUCAAACAAGUACUUCUCCACGACAGUGUCUGUUAGUGUGUGUCAGAUUUUUGGUCACCAGAAGGGAAAAAAAGACCUUUGCUGUUUCCUCUUGCCUAGCAUCAUAUGCCAGUUUUAACACUUGUCUCUGCUGACCUGAAACUGGCCAGGUGACCAACAUCAACAACAUUACCACCACCAAAGAACUCACAUCAGACAAACAUUCAAUUCUGAAUAAAGUUAAAUUGUUAUUACUUAAUAAAUAUUGUCCAUCUCAAAAUUUUAAGAUUAAUAUAAUGGUAAUAUGACUGAGUGAAGUCCAAUUCAAUCUGUAAUCAUAUGAAUGAUUAACAAACUAGGCCUACUGCAAAAUUGGAGACUGAUUUGUUUAUCAUGAGUAUGAUUACAGACAAAAUUGGACGACAAAAACUCUUGUUACCAAUCAAUCAAAACUACGACAAAAUUUGAGACGGAACCAGACAUCUGUUAUACGUAUUCAUGAAAAAAAAAAAAACAUCAGUUACCUCAGCAAGAUGUAAGACAACAGCAAGCACACAUGACGCAUUCUGUCCACUUACAUAAGCAUGGUGUUUUACUUUCCCUUUAAACUGUGCUAUUAACACUGUCCAAUCACAAGCAUGAAGCAUACACCAUCCUAUUACUGCCCAAAUGGGGCAGGUGAUAACCAAUCAUGUUCCAGAAUUUUGUCAUAGUUUUGAUUAUAAGUUAAAAAGAACAGAAUUGCAUCAUAAUGAACAGAUAAAAAACAUAUACCUCAUUUAUUAAAUGAGAACAGGUUUAUGAAAGGACAUGUUUAUCACUUGAAUAGGAAAAAUGAAACAGAAAUUAAUUCAGGAAGUCCAUUUAUUCCAAGUAAUCCUUCGAAAUAUAAAUUUGCAGACUCAAGUAAAAAGGAAAUACAUGGCAUUUAGUGAACUAUUAAAUUGUUGCCAAAUGUAUUAAGGUUCAAGCAAAACCCAUGCACCAUAACAUGAAAGUUAUAUUGUUUUCAAUCAGUUUCCAGCACUGUUGAGUGUGUACAUUUGUCUUUUCCCUAUCCUUCAUACAGUGCAAUAGUUAUGAUGUUAAAACUUAAUAAUGCAUGCUGGCCAACAAGACCUUCAUUUUGUUCAGUUUUCGUUCUUGAAGAAAACAAAAUGGUCUAAUCUAAAAGAGUUCUUGCUCAAGACUCAAGGUUUGAUCAGCAAACAUGGCAGAAAGUUAUUUGCCUUAUCUUUUCAUUGUAACAAUGUCCAAUAAAAGUGUGUUGUAUCUUCAUGUGAAA